AUGUCGAACAACUCGACACGAGAAAUGGAAGAGGGUAUUUAUCGAAUGAGUUUUGUUGAAAGUCUACUUGUCUUAGUUGUUAUUGGCUUAUGGCUAUUAGCUAUUAUUAGUUUAGCUCGAAAACUAGAAAGAAUUUGUAAUCCUCCAUCAAUAUUUCCUAAUUAUUCAUUACAUACAAAAGUAAGUGUAUGUCCAUCAUCACGUCGUGAUCGUCAUUCAAACGAUUCCGUCCAAUCAACACUUCCAGCACCUGUUAGUUUUAUUCGUGCUACAUCAGAACCAAAUAUUGAUGCAUCACCUCGUGCAACUAUCUAUGUUCGUUCUCCAAGUGAAACAUGUUUGCAUGUUAAAUCAACUUCAACAUUACGUAUGUCAGCUUUAUCACAACAUUUAAAUUCUCCGAGUGCAUUGGAAUUAGGCGAAAAUCGAAGAAAUCGUAGUGUUGGUUCAUUAGCUCUACCAAGUACUAGUAGUUAUCGAAUUCAUGUUGAAACUCCUCAAAAAACAUUAACACCACAAACAUUAUUAGAUCCGAACCGUAUACCUUCUAUUGUACGACGAAGUCUAUUAGAUUUACAUCGACGUACUUUAUAUUCAAAUCCUACGACAAAUGUAUCACCUAUUCGAUGUAUUGUUACAGCUGCAGGUAACAAUUCUAAUGGGAAUGGAUCUGUUACAACGAUAACAACAACAGCUGUAAAACUUCCAUUGUUGAAUAGAAAUCGGAAAGCAAAUGAAGCAGAUGAAGACGAUUGGUAUCGAGGUAAAUUUAUUAUUCGAGUCACAAUUGUAUUCCGGAAAGCAUCCAAUCGAUAUUGUUUAUAUGUUAAAGAAACUAGUUGCAUGCCAACCAUUUGA